AUGGAACCGUUUUCGAUUCGAAUCUUCCAGCAACAACUGCAUUAUCAGCAACUAUUGCUGCGCCAGAAUAAUAUGCGACCACUGGAGAGUACACCUUUGUGCGGACAAUCAAGCCGCAAACCCAAUCUGCUCUGUAUUCAGUGCUGCCGGCGGAACAACGCUCCACGCACUACCGUAUCGAACCCCUUGCUCCCCGAGGGGACACCCCUUUCGUUCGUUAAUAAACGUACCGAGAAUACCGAGAUUGAACGCGACUAUAGACCACGGAGACGGACCACCACAGAGCUAUUGAGCAUUUGCCAAACCAUCUAUCACGAAACAUGGAUUAUGCCAUUCAUUCUGGCCGAGCAUGUCUUCAACGUUUGUGGGUUUGAAUGGACAACUAACUGCGAUGAAUACCCGGGGCGCCAUCUUAGUCGUGAACGGAUGGCAUUAUAUCCCAGGCAAUUGAAAAACUAUGCAAUUACUCAUAACACGACGUUACACAUACAUCCUGUCAAGGGAAUCCAGAUUUAUUACCGGCAGUUUGACCUGAAACGAGGAGAAUACCGACGUCUGAACCGCGCAAUCCACAUACCAGAACAGUUAGGACCGGAGUAUGUGACAGUCUCUCUCAAUUUUAGGGUGUGCAGUUCGUCCCAUUCGCUUGGUAUACUCAGCGCUGACUGGGUGAAUGAGAUCGACUUCCCGAAUUCUGUGAAAUGUGUACGUAUGGACUUUGGAAAAUUCCAUGAUGUUGAUCGAGUGGAAGAAAUUACCUCGAAGGUGAUUGAGAAUUGGUUCUUUCGUCGGGAAGAGUCAACAGAACGCCCGCGAAGUGAAGAUCUGUUCUGUGAUGUUAUGGCAAGUUAUAGCUUCUUUCGCAUGAAGCAUUAUGUCAUUCCAACUGUGACUUGGAAGCUCACCGAAAGCUUUAAUCCGUUUGUUGAUAAUUAUAAAUGCCCGGACUUAGAUUUUACGAACCGUUUACCACAGUGA